GCUGUUUCUGCCAGUUCUGUUUCUACGGUUCUGUUGGUCGGUGUUCAGAGUUUUCAGUGUGCUAAGAGAUUUUAAAGAGAAACCCUUUCGGCAUGUCAGCAUUACAGAGGAUAACUAAGGAGCUGGAGGACAUCGCAGACAACCCUCCAGGCCAGUGCUCCGCAGGACCCGUGGGCAACGACCUGUUCCACUGCCGGGCGACCAUCAUGGGCCCCAAAGGCUCGCCGUUCGAAGACGGGACUUUCGACCUCGCUAUUGACUUCCCCGAAGACUACCCCUUCAAGCCGCCUAGCAUACGUUUCUUGACACCCAUCUACCACGUCAACAUCGACACAGACGGGAAUAUUUGCCUAGAUAUACUGAGCAGUGAGUGGAGUCCCGGCCUUUCCCUCUCCAAAGUUCUGGUGAUGAUCAUCGCCCUUCUCAACGAUCCGAACCCAGACGACCCCUUUCGAUGGGAUGCUUGCCAGGAAUACCAAAAUAACGAGGAAUCCUACAACAAGACAGCGAGGAGAUGGACGUAUAUGUACGCUGUCAAUUAAACACUUUUUUUUCUGUUUU